UUUUGUAUGGGUCGUCGUCUAGUUCACACGGACAUCGGAAAUUACAGAAGCGCAGCGCACGGCCUGUUGGAAAAUCACUAUCAGCAAGUGAAUUAUAAGACCCAGGCAAAAAAAACGAAGGCGAAUUAAGCCAAAGCAAACGGAAAGACCAUAGAAAAGCCAGCAAAACAAUGACGAAAUGAGUUGAAUUCGCUGGGCAGUCAACGCGCAUAAUCGUAGCCAUCGCACACACACAAGCAAACGGACACACACACACACAGUGAGUGAUUGAGAGAGUGUGGGAGAAGGAGAAAGGGGGUGGGCGAAAUUGAGUGGGCGCAGCAGCAACAACAAUAAAAACAACAAGACAAAAACAAACAACAAUUGCCGUGUAAAUUGCACGGGAAAGCACAAACAAUGCGAAUACGCGAAAAACGCAAGUUGCAAAGGGUGAUGAGGGAGCAGCGGGAGGAGAAGCGGCAAAAGGAGAUGAAGGAGUCCCCGAAGAAGGAAGUCAACAACAAGGAGAAGGCAAACGACACGGAAGUUCUACCACCAGUUACAGCGCCUGCGCCUGCACCUGCACCAGCUCCGCCGCCAGCAGCACCACCCACUUCGACCACACCACACACUCCCAGCCUGCCGGCGGCCGAAAAGGUGGCCUUCGACAACCGCAUCAAGCGCAAGAAUGUCCUGGCCCUCAACGAAAAGGUGGCUGCCCUGCGGGAAUACGAUCGGCUGCCGGUGUACAAGCAUGUGGGUCGUCUGUUCAACUGCAGUCCGGACCAGAUCAAGCGGAUCGUGCAGCAGCGCCAGGAGAUUCUAAACGCCUGGGAUCAGCGAACGCGACGGAGUCAGGAUGCCAAGACCAUGGAAACGAAGACCGUGAGGGUUUCGAUGCUGGGAAAGGCCGUUUACGAUUGGAUACGGCGCAUGAUGUACUACAAGGACUUUAGCAUCUCCGACGGACUUAUUCAGAAGAUGGCGCUACAGUUCAAGAGCUCCAUGGGCCUGGCCCACUUCUUUCCGCACCAGGAGUGGUGCGACAAGUUCCGUCGCACGUACAGCAUCCAGCACAGCGACACCCGGCUGCUGAAGAUCGGCUACACGCAGAGCUAUUCGGUGCAGAUCAAGGACAUUGUCAAGGACGUCAUGUCGGAGUGCAUGCCAGAGAGUGGGCCCCGAAACAGCGAGCAAGUGGGCGAAGACGAAGAGGAGGUCAGCUUGGGCAGCCCGCUGAGCAGCAACCCUCGCAGUUGCGGCGAAGACGAGGAUGACGAGGUGGAUGUGGAUGGAGGCGAUGAAGUAAGCGGCAGGGAGGAUGAACUGGAAGAAGAGGAGCCUGAUGUCAAGCCCUCGCUGAGUGAGCUUAACCUGGCCCGAGCUCUACAGCCCUUGCCGCCACUCGUUAGACUACCCCUGCAGACCAACACGCCGCCAGGCACGUCCCAGAAAGUUCUCCUGGCCACGCCCAUUGUGCCGCCGCAGGCAGGGGGGCAGCCAAUGACCAUGACCAUUAUACCACUUGCCACCUUGGCCCAAAGCAUCACACAGAUUCCUUCCACCCAGCAGCAGCAGCAGGACAAGGGUCCAGUGGUGCCACCGCCCAAACUGGAGAUCAAGCAGGAAAAGGACAUCAAAACGGAGCCCAAGGAUCCAGACGAGUUUUCCUCGGAGCAAACUUCAAGGGAAAAUGAGCUACCAACAGUGCACAUUAAGCAGGAGCCAGAUACUGAGCUGGAUACGGAAAUGGACCACGAAGAAUCCGCUGAUCCCGAUGAAGAUGCCAACAAUGGUCGCUCUAGUGUCACCUCGCUGGCCGAGGUUCUGGCCGCCAAUGUGGAGGACGAGAAGGAGUAUAUUGAGCAGAUGCGCCAACGCAAGAUAAGUUCGCCUCCGGCCAUCGAAAAGUCGCUGAAUCCCCGCCAGGGAACCAAACGUCGCCAUGAACCCGCCCAGGACGACAACAACAAUGGCGAAGGAGGCGGAUCAAGUGUAAUCAGCUGUGCCGACGCCCGCAAGUAUCUAAAACUGCUAGAAGAGUUUGCGCUGUAUAAGGAAAACUACCGGCUGAUUGGACUCAUCACACGAGCCGAUGAGGUUAUGCGGGAAAUGGAUGACGAUGUCCCCUCGUAGGAUGCUCCAAACAGGACUCACAUUGCAUAAAGGAUGAACAGCUGCAGCCAAAGAGCAUUGGGUAUGCAAACUGCCGCGUCUUAAAGAUACGGUACUGUCGGAUGCAAUCAAUCACUAGAUCUAAGGUAACCUUAAUUUGUACUCGAUCCAAAUAAACGCAAUUAAAUC